CUGGACGUCAAUGUUUUGGCACCUCUUAUGGAGGAUCCGUCUCUGGCUCUCAAGGUGAUUCACCUUGUGCGAGAUCCCAGAGCCGUGGCCAACUCCAGGAUCAAAUCGAGGCACGGGUUGAUUCGUGAGAACUUGCAGGUGGUUCGAAGCAGGGAUCCCAAACUGCGUCGGAUACCCUUUGUGGAUCCUGGCCACAAAAUUAGCAAAAAGGACGGAGCAGAUUACCAUUCGGUUGGAGCUAUGGAGGUGAUAUGUGAUCGGACGUACAGGAGCCUGAGGACUGCCUUAAAUCCGCCCAGCUGGCUGAAAGGGAAAUACCUGGCGGUGCGCUAUGAGGAUCUGGUGGAAAACCCUAUCAAAAUGCUCCGGAAUGUUUAUCAAUUUGCUAAUCUCAGUGCCAACCUUGACAUCGAGUCUUUUGCUCUUAACAUGACGAAUGGCACAAGCUCUUCCUCAAAGCCAUUUAUUGUGUCUGCCAGGAACGCGACACAGGCGGCCAGUGCAUGGAGAACAGUGUUGAGUAUUCAACAGAUAAAACAAGUGGAAGAGUACUGCCAUCAUGCAAUGGCAAUCCUGGGUUAUGAACGUGUGAGAACAGCUGGAGAAGCAAAAGAUUUGAGUAAAUCUUUAUUGACUGCUUCCAAACUGUGACAGAGUAAUGUCCACC